AUCAUAAUCGUAGACAUCGAGUUCAAAAAGCAACUGUGAAUCCAAACAACUUUACUGGUGAAUCAGUUUCUGAGAAUUACACGUAUGACAAAAUCCGGAAUUGCGCGAUAAUACACAAUGAAGCCAUACGCUUUUCAAAUAUAUUGAAAGAAAGCAGUCGAGGCAGUUACUUAAUUCAGGUUGGAUUGAAUAUGUUGGGGAUAAGCGCGACAGCUGUUCAAACAGUGAUAAACUUAGACAGACCGGAAGAAGCAAUACGAAGUGCAGUAUUUUGUGGGGCUUGCCAAUUUCAUUUGCUUUUACUUAGUUUACCUGGCCAGGUGCUUCUGGAUCAUUGUUCUGAUUUAGCAGAUAAUAUUUACAGCUCCAAAUGGUACAAGGCUCCCGUACAGAUUCAAAAAGUACUACACGUGAUGCAAAUAAGAUGCAGAAGGUUUUGUUCAUUGACGGCAGGUGGAUUGUAUGAAAUGAAUAUAGAAAACUUCGGAAUAACCUUCAAAACGUGCAUGUCCUAUAUUACAAUGAUGAUGUCAGUGAAAAAUUAAAUCAGCGCUAUCUGUCGAAUAAAUCGUUCAUACAUCCACUGUGUGUUAUAUAAAGUUUUACCAACUAUAGAAAUAAUAUGAUAGAUAAUUUACAUGUAAUACUGGAUAUACUGGACUACUCAGACGAAUAGAAAUAUAAAACUACACACUUCAGACAACGUGUUAGUAUUUCAAUACAGAAUUCGUACCUAAAUAAUACAUUUGCUACCAUUUCACUGAAUUCUUUCGACACCACUUCAAGAAUAAUUAUACAGAUUUAGGCAGAUAAAAUUGGUAGAAGUAUAAAGAUAACAGUGCUGUUGUUAGAAUAUUCACCUUUUGCAAACAGUGAUAAAUAUGUCGGUGAGGAAU